AUGGACCCAUACAUUCUGGGCGACGGCCAUCUUGUGCACCUAGAUGAUGUAGCCAAACAAUAUAUAAAGAAAGUUAACGCGACCUAUAAAGGCCAAUUGAGGUUUUGGGGCCUUGCAAAGGAGUUCAGUUAUUGGAGGCACCCCACCCAUACCGGGAAGCACCCUGUGAAAGCCAAAGUAGUGUCGACCAGUUAUACCCAUUGCCAGGGUACAUCCUCAUUAAAACCAAGAGAAGGGCAUUGCCAGGGGUCUUUCCACUGGAAUAUAAAACGUGGCAUCGACAGCCCCUUCUCCAUCAAGAUGGAGGAACAGGUUCCCGUACUGUACAGGGGACUACGGCGGCGACAAGUCAAGUUGGAGAUGAAUGGCCUCACUACAGAGACAUUCGAUGAAAGGUGGAGAAGGCUCGCAGCACCAAUGCGUCGCAAGUUAGUUAAGGCUUGCGAUUUCAAGGCGGAAAAUUGA